AUGUCCGAAUCAGCGAGCGCAAAUACCCCGAAGCCGAGUAGCAGUGUCAAGCUUGUACUGCUCGGAGAGGCCGCAGUGGGCAAGUCAUCGCUUGUCCUCCGCUUCGUCAACAAUGAUUUCCAGGAGAACAAGGAACCAACCAUUGGCGCCGCAUUUCUGACGCAAAAAUGUUCCCUUCCUACACGCACGAUCAAGUUCGAGAUCUGGGAUACCGCCGGCCAGGAGCGAUUCGCUUCGCUCGCCCCGAUGUACUACCGCAACGCGCAAGCAGCGCUUGUCGUCUACGACGUUACGAAACCCUCUUCGCUGACAAAAGCCAAGCACUGGGUCGCCGAGCUACAACGCCAAGCGAGCCCUGGAAUUGUCAUUGCCCUCGUCGGUAACAAGCUGGACUUGACUAAUGAUGGGGGUGAAGUUUCCGAGGCCGCUGGCGCUGCACAGAGCGAGUCUGAGUCGGCCCAGGAUGGCGAGGAAGGCUCUGAUGAGCAAGAUGAUGUGCAGGACGCCGUGUCCGGCGAUGCUCGCAAGGUAUCGACACGGGAGGCUACCGGCUAUGCGGAGGAGGAGGGCCUUUUGUUCUUCGAGACUAGCGCCAAGACCGGUACCAAUGUUGUGGAUGUCUUCACGGCAAUUGCCAACGCCAUCCCCGAAAGCAGUCUGAAGACUGGCCGCGGUACCGGUGCAGGAACCGGCCAGACUUCGUUGGGUAGUCGGUCAGCAGAAGACGCACGGCGCACCCUAAGCGAAUGCGCCGAUCCCACAGCAAAUUCCCAUUCGAUUCAAUCUGCGAACCUCCCCUCCGUCGACAUCACCACCAGCACUUCCCGCAGCACCCCGUCGCUCGCAAUAAUGGCUGCCAUCAACAAGAUCGCCCCCAACUCGCCGUCCCGGCAGAACCCCUCCGAGCUGGAGACCGCGAUCGCCGGCGCUCUCUUCGACCUCGAGAGCAACACACAGGACCUGAAGGCCAGCCUUCGUCCCCUGCAGUUCGUCUCUGCCCGCGAGGUUGAGGUCGGCCACGGCAAGAAGGCCAUCAUUGUCUUCGUCCCCGUCCCCCUCCUGACCAGCUUCCACAAGAUCCAGCAGCGUCUUACCCGCGAGCUCGAGAAGAAGUUCUCCGACCGCCACGUUCUCUUCGUGGCCCAGCGCCGCAUCCUGCCCCGCCCCAAGCGCUCCGCCAACUCGCGCACCACCCAGACCCAGAAGCGCCCCCGCUCGCGCACUCUGACCGCUGUCCACGACUCCAUCCUCUCCGACCUCGUCUACCCCGUCGAGAUUGUCGGUAAGCGCACCCGCACCAAGGAGGACGGCUCCAAGACCCUCAAGGUCAUCCUCGACGAGAAGGAGCGUGGUGGUGUCGACCACCGCCUCGAUGCCUACGGCGAGGUCUACCGCCGCCUCACCGGCCGCUCCGUUGCCUUCGAGUUCCCCCAGAGCGGCGCUGAGUUCUAA